CCGCUAGAAACCGUGGAAAGGAGACAGCGCUGGAACUACACAAACGUUCCUACCUCCCCUCGGCGGGUGGUGCGCGAGAUCCGGGUGCAGCUGGAGAAAGGGGAGGAUAUUAAUGGCGUUGAUAAGGGUUCAAAGACUUCGGCAGUUGAACAAGCACUAGCACAACAGCCCGGAAAAAAUAUUAAAAGCGACGAUCAAACCGUACUCGUAGACACCACCUCUGCCGCACCCAGCUCGGGUUUGGUCACCAGCACAACAACUUCAACUGCAACCCCC